AUGCUCCCUCAACUUUCCCUGUUGGCCCUCCUCCCCCUCGCCAUCACAGCGACCCCCAUCUCCACGCCUCCUGUUGGAGCCUCGCCUACCCCUGGCGUCAUGUUCGACGAGAUCCACGUCAGCUGCCCCAACAACGCAGCCCUGCACGCCUACAACAAGUGCUACAAUGACAACGCUCCCCAGAACUGCGGCGACAAGCCUGGUCCUGACAAGAAGAUCUGCGAUCAGCUGUGGCAGAUCUGGUGCGGACAAGAUGCCGGCUGCAAUGUCACCGAGUCUUAA